UUCCUCAGGUUUCAUGUCAGUAUUUAUCGGCCAUUUUUGGCUACUCGUCAAGAGAUUUGUGUGCCUCAGUAAUUAGUCAGAGUAUCAUCAUGUGUUCAAUAAUUUUGAACUUUCUCAAUGUUCAAAUGCCGCCACGUAGAGAACCCGAUCAUCCAGUUCCUACUCAGGCUUCAGUGGUCGCGCAGUUCCGCGACUAUCAUGCCGAAAAGUUCUCAGGGCAGGGAGAUCCUCGCAUAGUUGACGAGUGGAUUCAGGGCUUGGAGUUUAUCUUCGAGGUCAUGGAGUGCCCUGAGAUAUAUCGCGUCCUUUGCGCUCAGCUUCAGCUCACCGGUGAUGCCAGGCUCUGGUGGAACGCUUACUGGAGCAUGCGUCCCGGCGAAAAGGCGGGUUGUACGUGGGAGAUGUUCAAGGAAUUAAUCCGCGAGAAGUAUUACCCCACCUACUACCGAGCCGAGAUGGAGCGUCAGUUUCUAUCGCUCCAGCAGGGUACUCGCACUGUCGACGAGUACGAGAGGGAAUUCACGAGACUUACAGCUUUU